ACUUCCGGCCGAGCCGGAAGACCUUUUUCUCCUCGCGGUUUUGAGGACGCUUCCCUCCGCCGUCUCCCCCACCUUCGCCCCCGGCGCAGAGCCCGCAGGGGAGACGCGGAGGAGCGCGGAGGUGCCGGCGCCCACGACGUGCCCUCGGCGCCAUGGGUGUGAUAGGAAUACAGCUGGUUGUUACCAUGGUGAUGGCUAGUGUCAUGCAGAAGAUUAUGCCUCACUAUUCUCUUGCUCGAUGGCUACUCUGUAAUGGCAGUUUAAGGUGGUAUCAGCAUCCUACAGAAGAGGAAUUAAGAAUUCUUGCGGGGAAGCAGCAAAAAGGGAAAAGCAAAAAAGACAGGAAAUAUAAUGGUCACAUUGAAAGUAAGCCACUAACCAUUCCAAAGGACAUUGACCUUCAUCUAGAAACAAAGUCAGUUACGGAAGUGGAUACAUUAGCAUUGCAUUACUUUCCAGAAUACCAGUGGCUGGUGGAUUUCACAGUGGCUGCUACGAUCGUGUAUUUUGUGACUGAAGUCUACUAUGAUCUCAUGAGGCCUACGCAGGAGAUGAACAUCAGCUUAGUCUGGUGCCUCUUGGUUCUGUCUUUUGCAAUCAAAGUUCUAUUUUCAUUAACUGCACACUAUUUUAAAGUAGAAGAUGGUGGUGAGAAGUCAGUCUGCGUCACCUUUGGGCUUUUUUUCUUCGUCAAAGCAAUGGCAGUUUUGAUUGUAACAGAGAAUUACCUGGAAUUUGGACUUGAGACAGGGUUUACAAAUUUUUCAGACAGUGCGAUGCAGUUUCUUGAAAAGCAAGGUUUAGAAUCUCAGGGUCCUGUUUCAAAACUUACUUUCAAAUUUUUCCUGGCUAUUUUCUGUUCACUCAUUGGGGCUUUUUUGACAUUUCCUGGAUUACGGCUGGCUCAAAUGCAUCUGGAUGCCCUGAAUUUGGCAACAGAAAAAAUUACACAAACAUUACUUCAUGUCAACUUCUUGUCACCUUUAUUUAUGGUUCUUCUCUGGGUAAAGCCAAUCACUAAAGACUACAUUAUGAACCCUCCAUUGGGUAAAGAAAAUGUUCCUUUAAUGACAGAAGCUACAUUUGAUACUCUGCGACUCUGGUUGAUAAUCCUGCUGUGUGCUUUGCGGUUGGCCAUGAUGCGAAAUCACUUGCAAGCAUAUCUAAACUUGGCCCAAAAAUGUGUCGAUCAGAUGAAGAAAGAAGCAGGCCGAAUAAGCACAGUUGAGCUACAGAAAAUGGUGGCCCGAGUCUUCUACUACCUGUGCGUCAUUGCCCUGCAGUACGUGGCCCCUCUGGUGAUGCUGCUUCAUACCACCCUGCUGCUGAAGACGCUGGGUAAUCAUUCCUGGGGGAUUUAUCCAGAAACUAUGUCUACUUCACCAGGGGAUAAUAGCCUCUCCUCCAAUUCUGUUUACUCUGAAUUACCAUCCCCUGACAGGAGGAUGAAGGUAACUGUUACACAAAUCACAGUAGCGCUGAGCGGCUUGGAAAACAUUUUCACCCCUCUCCUUUUCCGAGGACUCCUGUCAUUUUUAGCGUGGUGGAUUGCUGCUUGUCUCUUCUCUACUAGUCUUUUUGGACUUUUCUACCAUCAAUAUCUGACUGUGGCAUGAAUCUCGGUCACAAGAAAAUAUCCAAGUCACACAUCAAAUUCACAUGUUUGUGUUCUUAAAAAGCUGACAAAAACCAGAAGAAAACAAAAGAAGAAAAUAUUUGGUUAUCUAUUUAAAUGCUUCCUCUGUAUUCUCAGGGUGAAUGAAUUAAUGUUAUAAUAUUUUUUUAAAAAAUCAAAAGAUAGAUAGUUAAGUCUGUGGCAUUGGAAUUUUUAACUCACUGGAUUGGCUGGUGUGAGGGCUGUCUGUGGGCAAUAUUACUCAGUACCUUGGUGUACAGUAGCAACCUCCAGCAGUCUUUCAAGCUUCUCACAUAAACUCCAGUUACUGGGUACUCUUCGUGGUGUCAAGGUACUGUUAAUCCUCAUGAUGGCCGCCUAUAGAACAAUCUUCACACUGAGCCACACUUCAGGGGAGGGAAAGGACUAAAGUCACUUCUGUUGGUGCUAGGCUAGUCUUACAUAAUAAAAGCCAAAUCCAACAGAAAGGAAGAGAUAGCUGCUGUAUAUUACAGUAAGGAAAGCUGUGUAGUCACUUAAGAUUGAAUCGAGAGGUACAUGCUUGAAAUCUGCAAGUGCUGCUGCUCAGAGCAGCGAGAGUUGUUUCACAGUGUGCUCUACCCAGCUCGACAGCUCUCCACGGUGAUUGGCCAUGGGAACAUUUGCAGUCUUGCUGUUAGUUUUGGGCCUACCAUAUUUCAUUUUCGUUUAUGCUCCUAAAUAGUUACUUUUAAUCUAAAAAUAUUUAUCAAUAUUGAUGAAACUUAAAAAAUUACUUUAUAAUCCUGCUGACUACUUGUAUGUAUUAUGUAUAU